GGCCUCAGCCUUGACCUCGGGAGGAGAUCUUCGAGAGAAGAGGUCACAUUACCGGCUUAACUCUGGAUCGAAGUAUUUAUACACAUAUAUACAUACUAAAGGCACAUUAAUUGGUCCAGAAUUGUCGAACAAACCCUCAUGAUCACUGUGCUAAAGAAAUCAUACUGAUAUGAUGUGCCUGAUACAGGCAUACAGCUAUUGAUAUUUCAAGUUCUGAACAAUUUGUGUUGCCAUUUGUUAGACACUCAUAGAACUACAAGUCUGUAGCUGCCAUAACACACACCCAAUCACCUGUAUAUAGAGUCAUAGAGAUAACAACCUUAUUGCAGCCAACUCUAUGACCUUAAAUUUUUUGACACUGAAAGAUAGUAGAUAACUUGAUAACCCAAAUUUUUAGCGCCUUAAAUCAGAGACCAAAACCUGUACAAAAAUGAAAAAUGAAAAAAAACAGAGCUUAUUGUUAUCUACAAGAACAGAAAAUCAGUAAUUUGACAGAAUCUUAAAACUGCAUGAACAACAUCUGGCAAAUCCCUUUAACUGCCCUAUGACAAAGGAUGAAAAAAAAACUAGUAAUUGUUUGACAUGUAGUUUGCUAACUAUGACACUACAACAUUGUCAAAAUCUACUGAUUGUUUGACAUGCGGUUUACUAACUCCAUGUGAAAGUUCAGACUUUGUGAUUUUAUCUCCCUUCAAAUACUCCAGAUCAGCGAGUGCCCGGGCUUCGCGUCCUUACCCACAGGGGAUGAUGAGCAGCCUCGCCUCCCUUGAAAAACUGCAUCGUCUGGUACAUUAGCCAAUGGUAAAAAACAAGCAAAGAAUAUGAGAAAUACCGUUGCCCUAAUGCUGGGAGAAGGGGGAGAGGGAUUGAACAACAAAACCCAAAUCCCGGACGAGGUGGGCGACAUAGAAGGAAGAAGGGAUGGAGGAAGACUGGAAGAGAAGAGAGGGACUGAGGGAGCUGCAUGCGGGCUCUCUUGAUGCACCAGAUGGUGCGCCGCUAUUCAGUGCUAGACAGUUUGGUUGUGAGAGAGAGGGCGCGAUGGACGUCCCGGCCGUGGCGGACCCUGGAACGGAGCGAGGCGAAGGCGCGCUGAUCCAGUGCCCGUACUGCGACUCGGAGGCGAUGCACAAGCUGGCGCAGAUCCUCCUCCCGGGCCUCGCCGCCGUCUGCGUGGACGGCACCACGGGGGACCCGUUCCGCAGCCCGUCCGCGGUGGCCGUGGACCUCCGCAAGGAGAUGGUGGACUACAUCACGCAGCGGAGCGACAGCUUCAUCGCGGACGCGCUGAUCGAGUCGGAGGCGAACCAGGACGCGCCCGGGGCCGAGGUGCCCGACGACCCCUUCGAGACCGUGUCCGUCUUCAUGGACGACUUCGCCAGCACCAAGCGCAACAUCAUCGGCCACGUCUCAGGGUGGCUGCUCACCGACAGCCGCGACGACAAGAUCGACGACUUCGUGCAGGAGAUGGAGGCCACCAAGUUCUGGCCGCUGGAGCGCCGGGAGGCCGUCGCCGAGCUCCUGCUCAAGAACGUCGACCUCAAGACCAGGUUCCACUGCCCCGAGAAGUACGAGAACGAGGAGCGCCUCGAGGACCACAAGGCGCAGUGCAGCUUCCGCCCCGUCGCCUGCGCCAACGACGGCUGCCGCGCCAAGGUCUCCGUCCGCUGCGUCAAGGACCACGACGCCGCCUGCGUGUACAAGCUGCUCCAGUGCGAGCAGGGCUGCGACAAGCGCCUGCUCAGGCGCGACAUGGACCGCCACUGCGUCACCGUCUGCCCCAUGAGGCCCAUGAAGUGCCCCUUCGGCUGUGAUUCCUCAUUCCCUGACCGUGACCUCGAGAGGCACUGCGCCGAGUUCCUUCAGCCGCAUCUGCUCAUGGUCCUUAAGGCCAUCCAUAAGAAAGGCCGGUCGGAACAAGACCUCAAGGACCUUGCUCAAAAGCUGGAAAAGUUUGAUGGAGAUGGUAAACUGGCUAAGGCUCUAGAUGCAAGACCUCUUACUAAUGUUGUCAAGGACCUCGAAGCCAAGAUGAAAGGUGGACAGUCAAGUUAAAAGGGCUGGGUCUUUCAUGCAGACAGACUUCACAGAAUGGAUAAUGGCAUUGUUUAGUCCCACGCGCAGCAUACAUACAGAGAAGAAUAUGAGUUUUGUUUUAUUCUUAUCUCCUUUACGAUUUUUUUUCACAUUUCUCCCUGUCUGUCAGAGUUUUGUUUUAUUCUUAUCUCCUUUACGAUUUUUUUUUCUUCACAUUUCUCCCUGUCUGUCACAAACAAACCAAUUGUCAGUCAGUAUGCAUAGUCGUCCGCUAUUGCUCUGUAUCUUCAGCUUUUGUAUGAGGAUAUUAUAUCAUUUGUUUUGGUAUAUAAAUCAAAGAACGGGCCAUGUUUCCAGCAGGCUUGUUCUGUACCAAACU